GGGGCAUAAUAGAAUUUUGCAAGUUUUUAAUAAAACAAUAAUUUCGUUCUUUUAAUCUAUUCUUUUGCAAUAAAACUUGUUUUUUUUUAAAUGAAUAUUCUAAAGAAUAUUUUCAUAAAAAAUCAAUGUAAUUUAUUUACUUUUAAUAUGUUUAAAACUAGUUUAAAAUAACUAUGCCCGUUAUUCUCCGGGUUCCCCUACCUAUAUUCUUUCGUUCAACUAAAAUUUUUUUAUAUAAUGUUUCUCAUUAGCACUCAAUUUCGUUUCCAAAAAAUUGUUCAUUGAGAACAAGGAGAAAUAUUUUUAAUUCGAAAAAUACGGUGGAAUACGACAAAAUUAAUUUUAGUGCAUCUGCGAAAAAAUAAAGAUGCAAAAAAAAAUUAUUGUAUCAUAAGGCGAUACUAUAUAAUACAGAAUUUUAAACUUUGACGUUUUUGCUGCAAUUUCAAAUUUUGUAAAGUGCAAUAUAAUAAAAAUGUGAAAUUUCAAAGUGCAUUAAAAGUUGUGUGAUAACUGCAAGCAUUAAUACAUUUCUUUGAGCCCUAUUAUUGGACAUUCAUACAAAAUAAAUCGACGAUUUACUGCUUUUAAUAGCGGUACUAGGAAUAGAAUUAAACAAUGCUCAAAAGUUUUGAGGCUUAAUAAAAUAUCUGACCAUCGCGCACAAGAGAGCAACUAGAAGAGAAGUAUAUCUUGUCAGCAACAUAACAUUAAUAUUUUAGAGGCAGCAAUUUCAGUAAAAGAUAUCUUAUAUGAAACUGAAAUAAACUCUGUGUAAGUUGAAAAAUAAAUUUUUUAAUUUAGUAUAAACUGCACUUAAAAUUAAACGAAUUACUUUCAAAACUAAUUUUCAAUCAGUGCCCAAGAUUUCUCAAGAAUCAAUGCACCGAUCACUUGAAAAUUUUACACGCUUCUUUUAGACAUCAUUUAAACCUAGUCUUUAAUCAAAAGAGUUUUUUCUAAUGAGUACUUUUUUAUAAACAAAAAAUAUACAUUCUUUUGAAAAUCGAAAUUUGAAUUUUGAACAACUGCCAUUUUGUUCCGAUUUCAAUUUGUCAGAAAAUUAAUUGAUCAAAGACUAAACUAACUCAUAUGUUAACUAAAUCUUUUUUGAAUUUGUUAUUUCAAGUAAUGGUUCCAAAUAAUAUUGAUCAUCGCAACGCUCUUUUGGAAAAAUGUCUUCCCAGACAGUCGGCUAUAACUCAUACUAAUAUUUUCACAUAAAAAAUUAUAAAGCCUUUGUCAAAUAUUAAUUUUUUGAUCAAUCAAAAAGAACCUUUUAUGUAAAUAAAUGCACGUACUUUUUAAAACAAAAAUUGCAAAAAUUCCGUUUUUGUUUCAGCCUCUUCACUAAGCAUUUUAAGAAAAUAAAUUAACUUACGUCUACAUUCGUUAAAUAAUAUCAAUCUGUAAAAUAGCUAGACACGGAAACAACAAUGGAAACUUUAUUAUUUAAUAUGAUAGUUUAAUUUAUAUUUAGGACAAACUCAACGAUGAUUAAUAAACAAAGAAAUUUGCUCAUUAUGCAAAUAAUUGCAAAUUUACCGCCAAGUUUUACGUUAACGUCUUUAAAGAUCAUUAGAUAAUUGUGUAAUAGUUGUAAAUAAUUGUAAGGUGCAACUAAGAACCGGUAUUACCAGUUAUAAGUUAUUUAUAAAAACGUAUUAUUUUCACUUUAUUAUAGGAAGUAGUAAUUAUAACAUCGAUAAUCAUUAAGGAGAUGUGAUGAAUAUUUACGCGCCUUCAUGUUUUUGAAAUUGUUGCAUUUUAUUGUUUAUUUUAUUAGCAUUUUUUAUUUAUGCUAUUCUGUUAAUACAAUGUUGCAGAUAAGAGAGAAUAAGAUAUGGUACGAAAAUGGACCGUUGCAGAUGUUUCAUGUAAUAUUUCCUAAUCGCUAUAAAUUUCAAUCUCGUAAGUUCUAGUUCCUCACUUUGCUAAAGAUAUAAUUUGUCUGCGUAGUAAUAUACCCAUUUAAAUUUAUUAUUUAUUUAUGCUUUAAAUUGGUGGAAUGUUUGUAACAAUUGUAACUUCGUGGAAUCUGAUUGAUAAUGCAUUAUGGAUACGAAAAGCGGAGAAUGAUCAGUUAAAUGUUACAAUUUUCGUUCUAGUGGUCGUCGGAAUUAUCAUAAUGUCCAUCGCUCUUUUUAGAAUCGUUGUUGCUUUACGGGAAGUCAAGUAUAUGCUCAAAACAUGACGCAGAACAGGAUGACCUUGCCUCCGAUUGACUGACUGACGAUGCGAUGAAGGUCCUCCACUGCAUCCGAGCCUUCUUUGUAGGUUCUGCUCCGUGAUGGAACAUUGAAUAUCUCGAUCUCCGCGACGGUGCAACACGUCUUUGCUACAAAAUAUCACGUUUCGAGUGUGAACGUGGCACCGUCGGGGUGAUUUCAAAUUGUGGCUUAUUAUCGGUUUCGCAACUCGAGCACAAUGUGGAAGUGGUGGCAACUCUACUACAUCCUGCAGAUAUUCGUGUUGGCAUCGGAAAGGAAAUCCGCCCUCGAUACACCCUUUAAUAUAAUGUUACUUCGUGCCUUCCGAGAAUGGAGUUUCAAUGCUUUCGGUUGGACAGGAACGGAAGAAAAGUAUUUGCAAAUAGCUCGAAAAGCAAAUAAAAUGCAAAAAAUCGUUCCCGAUGAUGUUCCAUUCCCUUGCAAUGUGACAGGUGGCCGAUCGCCGAAAGUGCCAACGUCAGUGCACAAAUUAAGACCAGGUGAUAUCGAUGUUAUCGCCGCGAUGGGUGAUUCUCUUACAGCCGGAACUGGCAUUUUUGCAAACAAUGUGCUUCAGGUCGCUGUAGAGAACAGAGGAGUUACCGCGGCCGGCGGAGGCCAAGGCACGUGGCGAGAAUAUUUAACUCUUCCCAACAUCCUCAAGGAAUUCAACCCCAAUCUGAUAGGCUAUGCAUUGGGAGACUCUUUGACGACUCACAAAGCGGCACAGUUGAAUAUUGCGGAAAGCGCUGCUGUAUCCGCGGAUAUGCCGUAUAUGGCGGAAGUACUAGUCAAAAAGAUUAAGAAAGAUCCGAGGAUAGAUUUGCAAAAACAUUGGAAGUUUAUUUCGCUAAUGAUUGGAAGCAAUGACUUUUGCAAUGAAAUAUGUUGGACUUCAUCACCUUGGUCAACGCUUGAAACACACAAAACCGACCUACUUAAAGUUUUGCGGACACUAAGAGAUAAUUUACCGCGGACUUUUGUGGCAUUGAUUCUGCCACCCCAUUUAAAGGCCUUAGUCGAUACUCGUAAAGGAAGAUCAACAUUUACUUGUUUUGUUACAACGGACGUCGAAUGUUCUUGCUUGUUUGGUUCUUCAUUUCGGCGUUUUAGGCCUCUGUAUUACAACAUUAUGUCACAGUGGCAGAAGCUAGAUAUGGAAAUCGCUACUUAUCCAGAAUUUCAAAGAGAUGAUUUCGCAGUCGUAAGUGAGCCUACCCUAGCAAAUAUAACUAUACCACUUGCUUUAGAUGGAUACGCCGACACGACAUAUUUGAGCAGCGAUUGUUUUCACGUUACUCAAAAGGCCAAUGCUCUAUAUGCUAACGGUUUAUGGAACAACUUGUUCGAGCCAGUGGGUGCCAAAACGAUGACUUGGGAAACUCUUUUCCACAAAUUUCACUGCCCAACGCCGGAGAGACCCUAUCUGACAACAAUGUUAAAUUCACAGCAACAAAGUGUUAAUACUAAAACUGUCAAUGCAAUUCGAACAAGAAAUAUUGGCACUUGAUAAAAAAAAGUAUUGCUAAUGUUAUUAGGUUAUCAGUCAUAGUUGCGAUUUGCGUUGCCGCGGUCUUUAAACGGAGUUACAGUGCCAAUUAUUUAAGCGUAGAAAAAACAUUACUAUAUUUAUAUGAACCUUUUAUGGAACAAAAAUAAAAUAUUGAUAGAUUAUUUCGUUCAAAUUUUACCGAUUAUUUCAUGAUAAAGAGUUAAACAAUGUAAUAACUCAAAUACUUUAUCCAUUUCCGAUAGAUUUAAUACAUGUAAACCAUUCAAUUUAAUUGUAAUUAAUAUAUUUAGAAUUAUGUUGUAAACUGCAAGGAGAUGUGUGAACGAUGCGAUCAAUGUUAUUUCAAAAAAAUAAUUCAGUAGUUCGAAAAGAGAACAUUUUAAAAAUAUUUAAAUAAGUUUCUCUAACUUUUUCUACGUAUGCAACACUAAAUUGUGAAUGGGUUUGAAAAGACAAGGUUUCUUGUAACAUCGACUGUCUCUUACAUUGUCUCUUAUUUAUUCUUACUCACGUAUCUAAUCUACUGCAUAGAAAUACAAACAAAUACAGAGAAACCGUAAAUAUUUUCAUCACAACCCAUUGGGGAUUACCUCAAUAGGCACUGAAGCAAGUCUUUCUUCGGCACGCUUCAUUCAUGUUUAGUAGUGUCAUCCGAUAAUACCAGCCAAAGCGAAUUAGCUUCUUUCUUGAUAUGUGUAAACCGUGGAAUUCUUCCAUUUCGAAAGCAGCAUAAUUUAUUAACAAUAACUCAAGGAGAUAGUGUUCAGAUAACUAUUUAGUUUACAAUUUUCUAUGUAAAAAAUAAUAUUAACAGUUCCUAUGUAAAAGAAAAAAAAUGUCAAUUAUUGAACUGAAAGUUUCACGCUGUGAAAGAGUCAAUUUUAGACACGAGAGAAUUAUAUUUAGUGAAGAAAAGUACAAUUAAGAUGAAAAAUAAUAAGAAUUAUAUGGCGAUUGUUUGAUCUUUUGACUGUGUAACGAUGCGAAAUAAGAAACCAUCGGAAAGCAA